AUGGUAGACGUUCUCAAAGAAACUCCCGAUCAGCAGCUUCACCAACUGCGGAAUUUAUUCUACGCUGGUGACAAAUUGCCUUCUGUCCAAGCUUUGCAACAUCAAGAAAUUAUGAUGAAGUUAGAAAACGAGACUAAGUUUGACAUGGGAUCGAACAGUCUUUUCCUCCCCUUUCAGCAUUCACGGAAUUCAGCAUUCAAUGUGGUUCCCAAGAAGAAAGAGAAUGAUGGGAAUUCACCUUAUGAAUUCGAAAGCUGUUGUAGCGAAAAACGACCUAGGUUAUCUGGAAUAUCUCAUCUGGGUACCGUGGCUGCGGCGCUGCUGGGCGAAGCGCCAUCCCAUGAAGUUGACGCCGUACUCAACCCCAUCUACACUGCGAUUGCAAGGCCAGUUCAGAUUAAUUGCGCUCCUUCAAAAGUUCCUGCAACCCAAACAGCGAAACCAGUCAAGCAAAGGAGGCCAAGAAACAAGAAAGCCCAGAUGGGUAAGGCCUCGACUGAUAAUUCCUAUCCUUUUGUACAGAUGCCUCUUUCAUUGCAAUUCUCGGAAAACAAGGAUUUCCUAAAGCCUAUGUCGUUUCAACAACAAGCUUCUCAAUUCCCCUCCAAGCCACUCCAAUCCAAGCCUCAACAACUCAAUGUGCCAACAAGCAUGCCUCUUAGUGAAGGAAAAUCAUACAUUUCUUUCGGAAAUUUUCACAUCGUGCAACCUGCUAAGUCUAAUCGUGUAAACUCGGAGAUGAAAUCAAAGGAUGCUCCCAAACAGGAUAUCAAUUUUUCUGGCUUCGCAAUUCCACAAAGUGUAGCUAUACGACAGGAGCCUCUUCAUCAUCCUGCGUCUUCUGCUUCUUCAGCUGUUGUGAACAACAAAGCUGACGACGAAGAAGACUCAAUCUUUUCUGCUGGCAUGUCCAUACCUGUGUGGGCUUCGCUAACAGGUGAACCAGACAAAUUUUCUGUGAAAGCGAUUGAUUCUUUGAUAGGUUUGGCCAAGCCAUGCCCGCCAACAGCUUUUGAAGUGCCAGAAUUCAAAGAGAAAGUGAACAAUAGCCUAGACAAUUUUCAACCAGUUCGACCUUGCGAGUAUCACCCCGCGUCAGAAGCCUCAGGCUCGCCAUCUUCGUCAUCUAUUCUGAGCUCCCGAGCAGUCGAAGCUGAUAUUGCACUUGAAGGGCUUGCGAAAGAAACUCUGGGGAUUCAUGUCAAACCCAACGCAAGGAACAGGAUGAAGGAUUUGAUGCAUCUCCUUAUUCAAUUGGAAAGCAAAAAUGUUUUGAAACUAGUGAAAUCUAAGGACGAUGGAGGAAAUUGUAUUCUGGGUUUCUCUGAGAUACAAGUGCACGAGCUUCAAGUUUUCAAUAUGGAGAUCAGGAGGAUGGUGCUGGAAGAUGAAAAUCGCUGCUGGCUCGUGAAUGGAAAGACGAACAUUAAGGAACCUACUGGUCCUGUGUACGAAAUCUUGCGUCAGAUUGGUAUCAAACCAAUGAGAGGAAUGCGAGGACCGCGCAAGACUGAUCCCGGAAAGAGAGAUUUCAUGUACUCUUACAGAUACAUUUUUGAUGUGGAAUUGAUGAUGAAGAAUAGAAAUCGAUUGCAAUCGGGGUACAUCGGGCGAAGUCAUCGCCCUGAUUUUGAGCUUAGCCCAGAUGAUUAG